UCUCAAUCCCUAAUUUUUUUUUUGUUGCUAUCCCAAUCCAGCUCUCUGUCCUCGUUCACAAAAUUAGCAAGUAUCACCUGAGAGGUUCGAAGAAGAAGUAGAAGAAACCAACCACAAAGCGAAAAUGUUGAGGCUUGCGGCGAAGAGACUUCUCCAAGGGGGGCGGCUAGGGUCACAUGAGGUUCAGUCACCGGCGGUCCUGAGCCUGACACGUUUUUACCAUGAGAGGGUGGUGGACCACUACGAUAACCCGCGCAACGUCGGUUCGUUCGACAAGCAUGAUCCUACGGUGGGCACGGGACUCGUCGGUGCGCCCGCUUGUGGCGAUGUGAUGAAGCUCCAGAUUAAGGUCGAUGACAGCACGGGAAAGAUUGUUGAUGCUUGCUUCAAGACCUUUGGCUGUGGAUCGGCCAUUGCCUCUUCUUCUGUCGCUACUGAAUGGGUGAAGGGGAAACAAAUGGAGGAAGUCUUGACUAUUAAGAACACAGAGAUUGCAAAACAUCUUUCUCUUCCUCCUGUUAAGCUUCACUGUAGCAUGCUCGCUGAGGAUGCUAUCAAGGCAGCUGUUAAAGAUUAUCAGGCCAAGCAAACCAAAUCGAAUGGCAGUACAGAGGCAGCUCCUGUUGAGAAGGCUGCUAAUGCUUGAUUUUUCUUUCAUGUCAAAUGAUGAUGAAAAAUAUCUGGGUCCAGUUUUCCAUCUGUUGGUUGCCUACUAGUUAUUGUAAUAAUGGUUGUACUGGAUUAGACUAGCGUCAAAGCUUCGUAUUUUCUCUGUGUUUUUUGCUGUCGGAUUGCACAUGUAUGAACAAACAAGUUCGUAAGUCUACUGUAAAUUAGAGAUAUGAAGGCUGUUUUAAAUGCGUUCCUGAUUUCAAUAAAUAAUUUAAUUAUUUAUGCAAUUCGAUCUUCA